AUGUCGCAGCUUGCAGAUGAUCUCUAUGCAAAAGCUGCGCAUGCUCGUGAAUCUUUAGCUCUGCCCACAGCAUGCCUCCAGGAGCUUGGCUUUUUUCGGAAAGACUUGCCUUUGAUUGAGUUGAUUGACUCUCUGAGGUUCAUCGGCAUUGAUAAGGAUAUAGAUCUACCAUCCAUUGCAGUGGUGGGAGAUCAGAGUUCUGGAAAGAGUUCUGUUUUGGAGGCUCUCUCUGGGGUGGCUUUACCUCGAGGAAGUGGUAUUGUCACUCGUUGUCCUCUUGAGUUGAAAUUGAGGAAGACCACAACUGGACCGUGGUCAGCGACCAUUUCUUACAGUGGUCACAAAGAGACCUUUUAUGACCCAUUAAAAGUGGAUAACCUUGUUAGAAAAGCUCAAAAUGAGCUUGCUGGAAAUACAGUUGGAAUCUGUGAUGAACUCAUUACUUUGGAAAUUUCAUCUCCCGAUGUGUGUGACCUCACUCUGAUUGAUCUACCUGGUAUAACCCGUGUACCUGUACAUGAUCAACCUGAGGAUAUUGGUGAUCAGAUCAAAAACUUGAUACUGAAAUAUAUUGCCAAAAGUGAAACCAUCAUUUUAGCUGUUGUUCCCUGCAAUGUUGACAUAGCAACAACAGAAGCACUAAGAAUGGCACGAGAUGUAGACCCCGAGGGAUACAGAACUCUUGCAAUUCUCACAAAACCAGACCUUAUUGACAGAGGAGCUGAGAUUGAUGUUUUGAACAUUGUCCAGGGCAAAGUCAUUCCUCUCAGCAAGGGCUACAUUAUUGUGCGAUGCCGUGGUCAGAGUGACAUCAAUAACAAAAUCUCUCUUGGUGAAGCCAUGGAGAUGGAAAAGAAGUUUUUUAGGAACCACCGUUAUUUCAGCUCUCUCCUAACUGACGGUAAAGCAUCUACGCAAUGCCUGGCUGACAACCUGACUAAAGAACUGGCUGACCAUAUUAAGAUAUCACUACCCUACUUGACUGAACAGAUUCAGACUAAACUACUCAGUGUGCAAAGGGAGCUUAAAAAAUAUGAAAAGGGUCCACCUCUUGAAGAAGAGCUGAUGGGACCUUUUCUCAGUGAGAUAAUAAUGGACUUCAGCAAUCAAAUAAAUGAACUGAGUAGAACAGGACAUUCAAAAGAGAAAAACAUUCAUGCACUUCUACGUCCUGAGUUCAAGAAAUGGGACAUGUACCUAAGAGGCACUGAAAUAUCAUUCACAGCAAGAGUGAAUGAAAUGAUAGGUAAGUAUAAUGAGAUGCAUCGUGGCAGAGAAUUGCUUGCAUUCAGUGAUUACUGUGAAUUUGAAUGUGUCAUCAAAGACCAUGUGGCAGCCCUUCAAGAGCCAGCGAUGAAAACACUGAAGCAUGUACGAGAGAUUAUUCAGAAAGUGUUCAGAGAGAUAUGUUAUUUAUCUUUUGACCAGUACCCUCAACUGAGAUGCAUUGUAUCUAAAAUGAUUAAUGACAUUCAGUCAAAACAAGAGGCCAAAGUGGAGAAAAGAAUCAAGCAGUUCAUUGAUAUGGAACAACUGGUCUUCACUCAGGACAAGGUAUUACAACAGAAACUCGAUGUCUCUGACAUCCCUCAGAAGACUGGGAUGGACUCUAGUGAUGGGAGCUUCUAUGAUGAUGAUGACGCUUUUAAUUCUAAAGGCUGUGGAUUAUUGGAUACAAGAAAUCUAGUACCAGACAAACUUGUUCUCUAUUAUGAGAUCGUCUAUCAGCGCCUCACAGACUAUGUGCCUAUGCUGAUCAUUCUCUUCAUGUUGAAGGAUGUUGCUAAGACACUGCAGCAUCAAAUGCUAGAAUUGAGGAAUGGGGCAGAUGUGGUCAAACUGCUGAGUGAAGACUCAGAGCGAGGACACAGGAGAGCUGAACUAAAGCAGCGUCUGGAACGCCUCACACGAGCUCAGGAAAUGAUAAGCAACAGACUCUGAGACAUCUUUAUUAAACAUAAAAUUAGCACCAGGGCUGCAGAAAUUGGACACUGGAUAUACUAUAAUUGAAUAAUUUACCUUUUGUUCAGUUCAAUAAUUCUAUCAAUCAGUUAAAUCAGUAGCAAACAAUUUAAGAUACAUGUUUCAAAUCUUGGCUGAAUGGAAGAGUUACAAUGUAGUCACAAGUCAAUAUAUUGCCUUACACUAUCAAAACAAAUUAAAUCCAUAAUUCCUGUAAAAUUUAUCCAAUGUGUUAUAAAGACAAUAAACUUUUUUAACACCA